CCGUCGCAAAAGACUUAGUCUUUACUUACUCGGAGGGUACGUAGCUUGGCGCAGGGCCUGUGGCAGGGACGGCGCGCUCUUUAUCGUGAUUCUUUGGUUCAUCUUUGCCAGCUGCGCGCUGCGCUAGGACCUCGAAGGGACAUGGCAUGGCAGGAGUUCGCUGCUGUUGGGCUUCCCUGGCGCGACCCUCCGCAACAGCCUCCGGAACCCCAGUUCUUCUACAGCGAUGGCGACAAGGUCCAAAGCCUUCACAGCCGCUUUCGCGUGAAUCUUGUCUUGACAAACCGGACCCGCCACAACGUGGAGGUCUACUGGGUCGACUUUGACGGUCGAGAGUCCUUUUACGGAAAAAUGGAGCCAUGGAGCACCAUCUUGGUGUACACCUUCUUGACGCACCCAUUUGUGUUCCGGAGCAAAGCCCUCGCCAUCGGCGAUCUCCUUGUCAACAAUUUACCGGUGUGCUGGCCCAGCUCCAGCCACCCGUUCCAGGAGGUGACGGAGGCGCAGUUUUGCGCGUGGACGCCCGCCAGCCAUGCAUCCUACUUCAGGCCCAAGUUCCCACAAUUCGCGGCUGCGGUGCGGCAGCUUUUGCUCGCCUGCAACGCGCAGCACAAGCGCCCGGGCAGCCGCCGCAGCAGUGCUGGAGGUGGCGGCGGCGAAGAAAACCUCGGCGGCUGCAAGAGCCGCCGCAGCAGCAGCACCGGCGGCUCUGAGUCGGGGGUCGGGGAGGCCAGAUGCUGCGGGCAGCUGUGGAAGAAGCCAGGCGAGGGUACCGCUGGCACGCCGGGCGCCUCUGCUGUGGAGCCCCAGGGCCAGGCCUCUCUCGGCUUGCUGCCCUACGACCUCGUGCUGAAGAUUAUCUCGUACCUCGCGCCUCCGCUGCACUUUGUGCUGCCUGUUGGGAAGGAGGCCGUGGAGAUGUUGCCGCCAUCCGUGGAGCACAGCGCUCAGCCACCGGUGGUGUUCAUGGCGGCGAGGCUGCUGGGGCCGCGCGCGCCUAAGCAGCCCACUGCGGAUGCGGCUGCAUGGGUUGCGGCCGCAACCAUAGUGCAGCGCGCCGGCGGAGGGCCGCCGGGGAUGCAGCUGCUGCCUGAAGCGCUGCCGGCGUGGCCCCUGGCUAAUGGCGUGGCCGGGGCCCGUGCCGCGCAACUGCUAGCGGGCGCAGCACAGCAGGCACAGCACGCCGUCAUUGCGCAGGCGGUGGCGGCAGCCGCGGAACCUGAGGCGCCACUGCCGGCCGGCACGCAUGAAGUGCUACAGUAUACAGAGGCUCUGGCACUGGCUCACCUGGCCUUCAAGCGUGUAACGCACAUGGCGAGCCAGCAGGAAGCACAGGCGCCGGUUCUGUGGCAGUACAUCAAGGCGGCGCGUGAGGCCGCAGGAAAGCGCGGGACACAGGACCGCCUGGCGGCUCUGCAGCAGCACAGCACCGCGGCUAUGACGAGCCAGGAGUGGCAGAGGCGUCUGGCGCCGUGGCCGCUGGAGGACAGCAUGUUCAACCCCGUGGGGGCGCCGUAAUAGCAGCAGAUGGUGCCGGCCAACAUGGCGCAGGCGCAGGCGCAGGCGCAGGCGCAGGCGUGGACGACAACGCUGCACAGUAGCAGGGCUUGCGAUACGGUAUUGCACAACACUCAUGUGACUGCAGGUUACUGAUAUCCCGUGCCGCCUCUAAAGAGACGGGACUGACUGGCAUGGGCUUCGGCUGUGGAAGGGCUGCAGUGCCCGGGCAGUCAUCAAAUUGUAAUGGCUUUGUGUGUGCGACACGCUUUGGGCUGCGGAACUGGGGGCGCCGCUGAGGCUCCGAGCAACUGUACUACGAGGACGUGACAACAAUAAGGCAAAUGGCAGAAGCUUGAGAGGCACGGCCCCGUUGUGUGCGGUUGGUGUUCUGACUUAAGAGACUGGUUUGGGUCCAUAUGGCCAGCAGAGUCGUCCGCAAUCUGAUGUUAAGCGGGGAUCUUAAGGUCAGGCACUCCCCCCCCCCCCGGCGGGCUGACACACCAAUUUCGUGAUACAAUGUGAGAGGAGAAGUCAGAAGUGAGCUGCUGCUGGUGAUAUCUUAUGUAUGAAUGAACAGUAUUGAUGCCUCGAUUUUGAAUAAGACAGGGGGGGCAAGUUAGGCAAUCUCUAGACAACACCUGUGCUAUGGUGUUGACAGUUGCUGAGUUGCAACUAUUGGACCCGGAGCUUUGCGUGCGCAGGCCUGCCAUAUGCUAGUGUUGUUGAGUUGAGAGCGCUCAUGCCAUACAUGAGUAUACGUUGUUCGUUGUAACACUUAAUAGGC